AUGACUUUGACGGAAUAUUUGGAGCGAACAAGCAAAUUUUACUCGGGGAACUACAAGGUCAUUCAAGAUGAUCAAACUGAAACUCCAUGGCUAUUCUGUAACAGUGAUUGGGAGCAGCCUGUUCAAAGAACAGAUUUUGCCUUCCGGGUUGUAGCUGCGUCUGAAGCAGCUGGUUCAGAAAUCAUCGAAGAGUUCAAGUCCGAAGAUGGCACAAGUCAGAAACUGAUAUUGACGGGAGUUGCCAUACAAGAUAUGGAUGAAUAUGAAAACGCUCUUUUCAACAAAGGAGAUCGAUCUUCACCGAACGAUGACAUCCCUUACUGGUCACAAGAUCUUAGGGAGUACACAUUCGGACCAGUCUAUGGUGACGAUCCUUCAACAUCAACGUACUGUGGAACAGACACUUCCGAUGCCGAGGAUAAGAACCUAGCUGAUGAUCUUAGUGAAGUGAAGGCUGCAAUCAUGAAACCAAACAAGAAACCAAAGACUUUAUCUUUUAGUGAUCCUGACAACAUCCUCGGAACCACGCCACUAAAUAAAGCAGUACCGGGACGACGUAAAUUGACAAAUAUUGAACUUGUUCGCAUGAACCCGGAAACUUUCGUUUGGUUUUGUGUUUCGUACUGGUAUUAUCUACAGGAUCCGAUCCCAAACAACGUGGUAGCUACGAACUUUCGAUACACAUUUCCAGCCGGCAAUGCUGUGAAGGUGGACGUUGUGGUUUAG